CGGCGCGUUCUGCAUUGCUUGCGCGGCGGAACACCUCGGAGCUGUAAUGAAAGUGGAUCUAUUUCUGUUUUUCUUUUGGGGGGACUUUAACUGCCGGUCGUUUUCCAGUAGUAAAGCUUACAAGGUCCCGCAGUGAGCACUGUGCGUGAGUGAGUCAGUAAAAGGCAACUGCCGCCGAACAGAAUGCGGGCACUGUAUUGCGUUCUGGAUCCCGUGCUCCUUCUGAUGCUGUUUGGAUACUACCCGUCUAUGACCAUUGGUCCUAAGGAGGGCUGGCAGGUGUACAGUUCAGCCCAGGACGCUGAUGGCCGCUGUAUCUGCACUGUGGUGGCCCCUGAACGGAGCCUCUGCUCCAGAGAUGCCAAGGGCAGGCAGCUACGCCAGCUUCUGGAGAAGGUGCAGAACAUGUCCCAGUCCAUAGAAGUACUGAAUUUACGAACACAGAGGGAUUUUCAGUACGUCAUGAAAAUGGAAAGCCAGAUGAAAGGGCUGAGGUCAAAGUUCAGGCAAAUCGAGGCUGACAGGAAAACAAUAAUGACCAGAAACUUUCAGGAGCUCAAGGAGAAGAUGGACGAGCUGCAGCCUCUGAUCCCCGUCCUGGAGCAGUACAAGACGGACGCCAGGCUCAUCUCCCAGUUCAAGGAGGAGAUCCGCAACCUGUCAGCGGCUCUGAUCGGGAUCCAGGAGGAGAUCGGCGCCUAUGAUUACGAGGAGCUGCACCAGAGGGUGCUCAGCCUGGAGGGCAGGCUUAGGAGCUGCAUGAGCAAGCUGACAUGUGGAAAAUUAAUGAAAAUCACUGGGCCUAUAACAAUAAAGACAUCUGGAACCAGAUUCGGGGCAUGGAUGACUGAUCCUCAGGCAUCUCCGCGAAACAACAGGGUGUGGUACAUGGACAGCUAUACCAACAACAAGAUCGUCCGUGAGUAUAAGUCGAUGGGCGACUUCGUGUCCGGGGUGGAGUCACGGACCUACAACCUGCCCUUCAAGUGGGCUGGGACCAACCACGUGGUCUACAAUGGCUCGCUGUACUACAACAAGUACCAGAGCAACAUCAUCGUCAAGUACGGCUUCGAGACGGGCCGGAUCCUGGCCCAGCGGGCGCUGGAGUACGCCGGCUUCCACAAUGUCUACCCCUACACCUGGGGGGGCUUCUCGGACAUCGACCUCAUGGCCGACGAGCUGGGCCUGUGGGCCGUGUAUGCCACCAACCAGAAUGCUGGCAACAUCGUCAUCAGCCAACUGGAUCCCCAGACCCUGGAGGUCCUUAAGACCUGGAACACGGAGUACUCCAAGAGGAACGCCGGAGAAUCUUUCAUGAUCUGCGGGACGCUCUAUAUCACCAAUUCGCACCUGACCGGGGCCAAAGUCUACUACGCCUACUCCACCAAGACGUCCACGUAUGAAUACACGGACAUCCCUUUCCACAACCAGUACUUUCACAUGUCCAUGCUCGACUACAACGCCAGGGACAGGGCCCUUUAUGCCUGGAACAAUGGGCACCAGGUUCUGUUCAACGUCACGCUUUUCCACAUCAUCAAAACCGACGAUGACUCUUAAAGGGGA